AAUCACAACAGAACUGUUUCCAGUAAUAUUCGUAGUAUCCAACAGUGGCAGCUGGUUGCAACAUUGGCCUGACGCCGUUUCAGUUUCGCUUCUUUUUUAUUCAUUUAUUUUUCCUCAAAAGCUUUUCUCAAUUAAUGAUCUUUGUCAAGUGAGAAGCAACCAAAGAACACAGAGAUCUUGAAGAAGCUGACAGUGUUAAUGUCAAGGGGAGAUAGCGUCACCCAUUAGAGGUUUACAUGUACUGUAGAACCACUCCAAUCGGGAUGGAACUUGGGUUCAGACUGUUAACUGACACGCUGUGGUGGUAAUAUGGAGAGCGCCUAUUAAUGGAACAACUUGAGAAGGACUCGGGGGAGGAAGAGGGACCUGGGGAGAGAGGCUUGCUCCAUACAUGGAAGGGCUAUUCCUGUUCAGUAAAACCACAAAAAGUGCUUGGACUUGGGUCAAAGACUGUCCUGCAAGCUGCUCUGGGUACACGACAUGGAGUAAUUCUGACAGAAGGAGGUGAGGUGUACAGCUUUGGAGAGUUGCCAUGGAGACAGGGUUCAGCCAAUCCUGCUCCAGUUCCCAUCCUGGAGCAGGCUUUGAUUGGACAGCGGGUUGUUGCUGUUGCUGCUGGGAGCUUCCACAGCGGGGCGAUCUCUGAAGAUGGCACAGCGUAUAUGUGGGGUGAGAACUCCUCUGGCCAGUGCGGCGUGGCAAGUAAAAACGUGGUCCCAGACCCCAUGGCGAUCAGCAUUGCAGACCGAGAGACAAGCCCACCUCAACAGAUCAGGAUUAAACAGUUAGCGUGUGGGGAGCAGCACACAAUAGCUCUGUCUGUGCACUGUGAGGUCUGGGCUUGGGGCAGUGGCUGCCAGCUAGGCCUCGUCACCAGUGUUUUCCCAGUAUCCAAGCCCCAGAAGGUGGAACAUUUAGCAGGUAGGCGUGUGCUUCAAAUAGCCUGUGGGGCCUUCCACAGCCUGGCACUUGUCCAGCGGCUCCCCUCACAGGAGGCCAAGCUCAUCCCAGACAAAUGCAACCACUGUAAUCAGCUGCUAAUCACCAUGACUGACAAGGAGGAUCACGUCAUCAUCUCGGACAGCCACUACUGUCCGCUGGGCAUGGAGCUGACAGACUCUGAGCAAAGACAGGGUUCUCCUGUGCAGAAACUUAGACGGUCCCCCUCAGAACCUUCACUGGGCAGCACUGUUACAGAGCCCAGCGGUAAAGACUCACCUACGGUGGUCUGCAGGGAUGAGAAAGACCUGGGCACCACUGAACUUCCUCCUGAGGGGAAGGAGAUGAGUGAAUACUCAGAUAGGGGGAAUGUGAAAGAACCGGAACCAGAGGCCCACGGGGGAGUGGCCAACCAGCGGGUGAAGAAUUCCCCUUACCCCGACGAGCAGGCUGUCAAAGAGUACCUCAAGAGACUGUCGGACCAUUCCCUGGCUGAGCAAACAGCCAAAAAUGCACAGUGUCCACAGGCUCAGGAUGAACCUGUAGAUGACGACCCAGUGCCUCCACCGACUACAGUGUCCUCUUCUCUGAACAGCCUGGUGGUCUCGUAUGCCUCAGCCGUGGGGGUGAAGGUAGCCUCCACCUAUGAGGCUCUGUCCCUGAAGAAGGUGAUGAGCUAUUACUACCCUCCCCCGGGGGGCUGCCCGGUCCCUGCAGAGGGGCUGAAGGAGACCCGCGAGGGGCAGGUCCGACUGGAGGAGUCCAUGCAGGGCAAGAAGAGCUCCAGCCUCGGGGACAUCCGAGAGGAGGAGGCCGAGGGGGUAAGCCGCAGGCUCUCCCUGCCAGGCCUGCUUUCUCAAGUUUCUCCAAGACUUCUUCGGAAGGCAAGCCGACCACGGAUGAGGACUGUGGUUCUGACCCCCCCGUUUGGCAGUGAGGCUGACGCCUACCUCCCCUCCUUACAGACCGAGGUGUGGAGCUGGGGCAGAGGCAAGGAGGGGCAGCUGGGCCAUGGGGACAUUCUCCCCAGGUUGCAGCCUUUGUGUAUCAAAAGUUUGAGCAGCAAAGAGGUGAUUCAGGUGGCUUCAGGGGCACAUCAUUCACUGGCUCUGACUGCACAGUCACAGGUGUUUUCAUGGGGCAGCAACAACUCUGGACAGCUUGGGCACAUGGAGUUACCCAGCACCAUGCCACGACUGGCCAAGAUGUCUGAGGGUAUACGUGUGUGGGACAUCGCUGCUGGACAGGAGCACACCCUCUUAUUAGCAGAUGGAGAUUGCUUCCAGCCCAUACUGUACUACAGCGGCAAGCAGGUUUCUCAGGAGGGAAGCAGUCCACAGACAAACGGGGUGUACACCCAGCAACCUGUACUGCUGCCUUUCUGCAUGAAUCUGGGCUAUGUCAGCAGUGUGUUUUCAGGGGGGCAGAGCUGCCUGGCGCUCGCAGACAGGAACGUCAUGGGCUACAUAGCCAGCCUCCAUGAGCUGGCAUCGGCGGAGAGGAAAUUCUACUGCAGGCUGAGCAGCAUCAAGUCUCAGAUCCUGCGUCCACUGCUGGGGCUCGAGAACCUGUGCACAGCUCUUGGUACUGCCUCUAGCCUCCUGCUGCAGACCAUGGCUAGCCGGUUCAGCAAACUCUGUUACCUGACUGGUCAGCAUGUAGCCUCUCUCAACUUGUUUCUCCACAGUACCAAGGAGGUGAAGGGCAUGCGGAUGCUGGAGCACUCUGUGAUAUUUGUGGACAUUUACAAAGAGUACUGGAGGACUGUGGGGGAUUUCCUGGUGAUGGGGGGAUUUCAGGCCCUGGUUAAGCCCUCGCUUGAUUUCUUUGGCAAAAGCCCGGAGCUCUUGCAGAGACUGGCAGAAACAAAUGACGAAAGUGUGCCAUUCUCGGACUUGCUGCUUGCCCUGUUCGACCUGCCAAUAAGACAUCUGCACGAGUAUGGCAGGGUGCUUCUCAAGCUGGCUACCUGCUUUGAAGUGUCUAGUGCAGAUUAUCAGAAGCUUCAGGAUGGCAGUUCAAAGUAUGAAGCCCUUGCUAUACAUCUGAAGAGGAAAAGGAAAGAGGCAGAGUAUACAUAUCACUUCUGGAAGACGUUCCCUGGGAAAAUGACGGAUUCUCUGAGGAAGCCCUCUCGACGCCUCAUCUGUGAGAGCAGUAACAAAGCACUGACGCUGCAGAGCGCAGGGAGAUUCUCUGUCAACUGGUUCAUCCUUUUCAAUGACGCUCUGGUUCACGCACAGUUUUCAACCCACCAUGUAUUCCCUCUGUCCACCCUUUGGGUUGAACCCAUCUCUGAAGAAACCAGUGACGUGUAUGGGCUGAAAAUCACCUCGCCAGAAGAACAGUUUUCUCUGUUGGCUUCGUCCCCUGUUGAAAAGGCUAAGUGGCUGAGAGCAAUCAACCAGGCAGUGGACCAGGAUCUGAAUGGCUGUCCUGAUUUCCUGAUGGCUGGUUCUGGGAGUGUUCAGAGACCAGAGCCCCCAAUCUCCAGGACAGCCAAAUACACCUUUUACAAGGAUAGUCGGCUCAAGGAUGCUACUUAUGAAGGACGGUGGCUAGCUGGAAAGCCCAACGGAAAAGGUGUGCUAAAAUGGCAGGAUGGCAGGAUGUACACUGGAACGUUCAAGAAUGGUUUAGAGGAUGGUUUUGGGGAGUAUAUUGUACCAAACAAGGCACUGGAUAAGGAAGAUCAUUACCAAGGCCACUGGAAAGAAGGAAAAAUGCAUGGUUAUGGUACCUACAAAUACGCUACAGGAGAGGUGUACGAGGGCUCAUUUCAGGACAACAUGCGGCACGGCCAUGGCAUUCUCCGCAGUGGCAAGCUGACAUCAUCCUCCCCCAGCAUGUUCAUUGGGCAGUGGGUACAGGACAAGAAGACAGGCUACGGAGUGUUUGACGACAUCACCAGGGGUGAGAAAUACAUGGGGAUGUGGCAAGAUGACCUCCGCCAGGGAAAUGGAGUCAUUGUCACCCAGUUUGGACUGUACUACGAAGGUGCCUUUAGCAGCAAUAAAAUGAUUGGUUCUGGGAUUCUCCUCUCCGAAGACGACACCAGCUACGAGGGAGAGUUUAUAGAUGACUGGACUCUCAACGGAAAGGGAACUCUGACCAUGCCCAACGGAGAUUACUUUGAGGGAACCUUUAGCGGCGAGUGGGGCACAGGGCUGAAAGUGACCGGCACUUACUUCAAGCCAAACUUGUAUGAUACUGACAAGGAGAAGACAGAGACUCUGAAGCUGGGUGUCCUGGCCGUGGCUCCGGAUGAGAAGUGGAGGGCAGUGUUUGACGAGUGCUGGAGUCACCUGGGCUGUGAGAGCCCCGGGCAGGGAGAGAACUGGAGAGCCUGGGAGAACAUUGCAGUUGCCUUGACAACCAGCAGAAGACAACACAAGGACAGCCCUGAAAUUAUGAGUCGAUCUCACAACAAAACACUGGAGAGCUUGGAAGUUAUUCCUCAGCAUGUUGGCCCUGUGACCCUGGAGAAAUAUGAAAACAUCCGAAAAUAUUUAAUAAAGGCUUGUGACACCCCCCUGCACCCCUUGGGGAAGCUGGUGGAGACGCUGGUGGCUGUCUACAGAAUGACCUAUGUGGGAGUGGGUGCCAACCGGCGCUUAUUGGAGCAGGCUGUCAAUGAGAUCCAGUCCUACUUGAAACGGAUCUUCCAGCUAGUCAGGUUCCUUUUCCCAGAUCUCCCAGAAGAGGGCAGUGUGAUCCCAGUCCCCAGUGCAGCUUCACAUGACAAGAGGCCACAUUGUGAAGAGGAAACAGACUGCAGACCAGAAUCCACAGAAUCUGGCCGCUUGGUGAGCAGCUCGGGCCUGCUCCUCCCGGUGCUGCUGCCCCGCCUGUACCCGCCACUGUUCACCCUGUACGCACUGGAGAACGAGCGGGAGGAGGAUGUGUACUGGGAGUGCGUGCUGAGACUCAACAAGCAGCCUGACCUCGCAUUGCUCAACUUCCUGGGAGUGCAACAGAAAUUCUGGCCUGUUUGCAUCUCUGAUUUGGGAGAGAACAAAAAGGUACUGCCAAGCACAAAGAACAUCUGCUUUGCCUCAGCUGUGGAAAGUUUACAACAAAUCAGCACAACCUUUACCCCCACUGACAAACUGCAUGUGAUUCAGCAAACGUUUGAGGAGAUCACCCAGGAAGUGCUUUCACUGCUGAAAAAUGACUUCCUGUGGUCUAUGGAUGAUCUGUUCCCUGUGUUCCUGUACGUGGUUCUACGAGCACGAAUAAGGAAUCUGGGCUCCGAGGUGCACCUCAUUGAAGAUUUGAUGGAUCCCAGUGUUCAAAACGGGGAGCAGGGGAUCAUGUUUACAACACUUAAAGCUUCCUAUUAUCAGAUUCAGCAUGAGAAGAUCACAUAAGAGACGAAGCUUUGGCCUCUGGAGGGCUCGUAUGAAUCGGAGCAGUUAGAUUACAUGCUACCUGAAGAAAUCUAACAGGGUUCAGAAUUGCAUUGGCCUAAGGAAAUGGGAUAGUCAGACUAAAUAAACGUUACCAGUGCCGUCACUGGAUGCUGCAUUUGUUAUAAAGCUAAAAUAGGAAGGUAUGGUUUCAGUUACUGCAAUACAAAUAGAGUUAUGUGUCUCUGCCAGUGCUACACCUGUGCUCAGUGACAUUUUAGUGACAGUUAUGUUCUUUACCUAAAUAGGUUACCAGGUCAGUGACCCACAUAUCACCAACUCAAAUCACCAAGGCAACAGGUAGAUUUUGGUGUUUUACAGCAAUUUGAUUGGCAAUGUGUAGACCAUAUUGAAUAGCACAGGUCAUUUUCCUUUACAUACUGGAGUAUUGAUUUAGUUUUACGCCCCCAUGUAUCUUCACAAAACACACGUUUAGGUUUUCAAACCGACAUUAAGCACGCCUGUGUUCCAGUCACACACAGACGUAGUAUACCAACUGCACAGUGCAAACCUGAGGACUGGACUGUUCCAAUGCCUUUCCAUACUGCCUCACCUCUGCAAACAAUGUUUAAUGAUAACGUGAGUGGUGUUUUUUGUUUUUUUUAAUAAAUUAACUACACAUUUCCGAUUUGUCUAAACAUGUCAGCAGUGUUUUUUAAAGUUUAAUUAUCGUUUAAAACCGAAAGGUACAGGCCCUAAGCAUAAAAUAUUUCCAGAAUUUAAAGUUCUUGCCUGUUCAAAAUUCUUCAAUAUUAUUGCAAUACAGUGUUCAAUAGACAGUGUUAAAAAUGACAUAAUGUGGUCAUCAAGAAAUGUAAAAAUGUGGUUAGAUCAAUCAAACAAAACAAUUGCCUCUUACCAACCAAAUAUAUUUGUUCCCAUCAGGUGGUAGUCUUGCAUUUGUGUUUUAUUUUUAUUGGCACGGCUAGCUAAAUAUAUGAUAGAUUGAAGAUACUGUAGCUAAUAUCUGAGUGAUUUACACACACAGUACAAGGAGCAUUUGCCAUGUGAUUGGUACUGUGUACCUGGUCGUAAACCUAUAUUCUGUGGUGUUUCAGUUCCUAUGUAUAUUUGUGUAUAAGAUCCCAUGCUAUUCAAACAGGUGUUAUGGUAUGGUCUUACAUCGUGGUGUUUUGCUGUGGGUAUCAGUGAGUGUCCACUCUUUAAACAUUGCAGUAUUACACCUUUAUGAAGUUACUAAUCACUGAAUGGAACUGACAUCUGAUCUUUCUACAUAGAUCACCUGAUUGCAAAGCUCCCACAUUAAACAAACUGUACAACAUACUAUAAUAAAAGGUGCCUCUUAUAAUCUUGAACCAGCUGCUAUUAUUGUAAACUGUAUACCAGCUGCUAUUAUUGUAAACUGUAUACCAUCACUUAACACUGCAGAACCUAAAAUAGUUAUUAAAAAAAAAAAAACUACAUGUAUUUAAAUAUAUCUGACCGUGGUUAUUUUUUAUUGAAUUGUUACAACAAGAUCUUGUAUUCCUUUUUAUAAAUGUAAGCACACAUGGAAAUGCAUAUUUAUAUUGAAGAAGCUACAAGCGGUAUUAUAACCUUAUGUGUUCAAUUUCAUGUGUCGGUAUUGCAUAGGUCGCUGGUCGGGUCACCCCAGAGUUAUAUAUUAUCAUUAUUACUCUGAAAUUAAAACACAGAUUGAAUCCGUCAUAUUUUGAUUUGUAAAGUAUUUAGUGAUAUAAACAUUUAAAAAAGCAAAAUAUUAUUAUGGUUAUUUUAGUUGAUGGCAUACUGUAGUAAGCACAAUUCAUGAGCAGUAACAGUAGCAUUAACUAUUUGCACUGAUUAGAUAAUAGUAAAUCGGUGUUCUGUGGUCUCUGGUUUCCAGCAGUAGCCAGUGUUUUUCCUAUAAUCGGUAGGUUUGUAAAGAAGAUACCGUCAGGUUUUCUCAAUGGUUGUGUCCCACUUUUAUUCCAUAUAUUUUUUUAAAACAGGAAAUAUAUUCGUCUUUAUAAAAUGUUGUUCUUGUAUUGAACAGAUUUAAACGAUUUAACUACAUUUUGUUGGUGGUCUCAUGGAAUUACGUUGGUUGAUUAGAAAAUGUGUUUGCAGGGUGAUCAAAAAAUGCUAACAAAGAAGUCCCAUGUGAGUCGACUGAAAUAGUCUUAGAGUUAUGGUUUAGUCAAGUAUGUUUUUUCAGUAAUGAUUUUAUUAUUUUUAGGAUGUUUAGUUGUUUUAUAAAGUUAAUUUUAAAUUUAUUGUAUGUCCCAAUGACAAGGAGGAAGAUGAUGAUGAUGAUGAUGAUGAUGAAGUAGUAUGUUUAUGUAACUUGUAAAUGGGUCAGUCUGUUGUCCUAAAUGAAGUAUUUCUAUGGGAUGCCUCAAUACGAUUUUAAUUACCAGUUACUGCAAAAAUAUUAUGCUCCAAGGCCUACACAUUGUCAGUGCCAUGAAAGAAUACUGGUAACAUGGUCAUUAAGAAAAAUAAAUACACCUUUAAAAUUGUGUCAAUAAUAAGCGCACCAUUAAAAACUUUUUCCUACAAUAAAAACAAUUUCCAUUGUGGUUUUCAAAGUCUUAACAUUUUUACAUUACCAGUUUACAUAACUGCACUAAAAUCCCAGUGUAUUUAGGAAGGUCAUUUAGUCUCAACUGGUAUUCAGAAUUUACUUGAAAUAUGAAACAUAACAAGCGCUGUUGUGAAUUCGACUAUCCUUCCCCACAAAAUCUCUCAGGCUUUGUAUGCUGCUUUGAUUACUGUUUAAAGGGGAGACUUGGCUACUCUUCUCAAAUGUGACGACCCUGUUAACAAUGUUCAUACCUGAAUGGUGGAUUGCAUUACUUUGCAUACUGUAAGAAGCCCAGCUUUUUGUACAGUGUACAUUGAUAUAUGUUUUUACCCAUGUCUUCAGUGAAGGAAGUCCAUCAUCGAUCCUGCAGUCAUUCCUAAUUACUGAUUUAAUACUGUAUUAUAUUGUGGCAUCCUUCAAAUACUAUUAAUUUAUAUUUUGUAUUUUUGUGGUUGAAUGUGUUUUACAAGUAAAACAAUUGCCUAUGGAGGAAAAUGUAUGCAGUAUAUUAAAAUUUAAGUACUAACAGUCUUAAUAACCAGGGUAAAUAAAUGCAAUUAAAAACAGUUGUGUUUUAUUAUUAUUAUUAUUAUUAUUAUUAUUAUUAUGUUAAAUACGUUGACAUGCCACUAAUUUACAAUAAUUAAGUUUUAUAUAUCUCUGAAAUGGAGCAAAUUAAUCUGAUUUCAUUGUGAUUUUAUAAGAACUGUAUAUUUUUGGUUGCUGUUGUUAUAAUAGGUUUUAUAGUUCCCAAAGCACAGCAGACCUUGCUGUACUCUACACAGGGCAAUGCUCAUGUGAUGACACAAUAUACACACUGCAAUGUAUAAACUGUCCAACAAAAGCUGUCAAAAACAGAAUAUAAAUAUCAGUAAAAACAAGUUAUGAUUGUA